UCUGUCUACUAGGUACGACAUAUAUACAUAUAUAUUUAUAUUGUAUGCACAAGGUAAGUGGCGUGACCAUAACGUCACAAUGUACACACAGCUCAAGCUUUCAGAGCCUAAUGCUACCAGAAACACUUCCUCUGUCCCAGAAGACGCCUUCCCUCUGUGAGCGAACGUUGUGUGUUUAGUUUUAAUCUUAUUGAUAAGAAUCUUUCAGGAUUUUUAUAAUACGAAUGAGUAACAGUAUUGCGUCGAUAUAACAGUAUUAAAAUAGGAAAAACAUUGUGGUUGUUAGAAUUGCGAUACAAGGUAAAUUAGCAUGUCAUUCUUGCUAAUAAUAUAGAAAGCUAAGUGUAUCAGUAAUACUCUACGAUGCAAAGGAGUUAAUCCCAUGGAAAUUUGCCAUAUCUAAAUAUAUUUCUUUAUUUGGUCUUCAAAUUAUAUGUAUUAAGAUUAUUUCUGUUAUGAAAUUCACGUCAAACUUCCAUCAAGAAUGUCCUUUGCUUUUACAAAUGGUUGGAAUUCAGUCCCGUAAACGUUCUGGUCUAAAUCCAUCCUAAGAACCUCCAUUAUUCUACCUUAAGUUCCUAGAUGGCAGCUAUUGAUCAAUAGGAGACGUCUUGGAUGGCAGCCAUUGACCAAUAGAAGACGCGCGAGUCAACAACAGGUUUCAUCAGCGCGAGGCUACAGGGCCCACAAUCAGUAAGCCAAGGAGUCCCCGCCAGUGUUGAUAUCAAAAGAGCUCCGCCUUAAAGACAUCUGGUGAGGACGACGAAGCGGACAUGGCCAAGCUGCUGCUGGUACGCUGGCGUUGGGCGUGGAUACUGGUAGUUGGGGUGGGCGUGAAAGCUGCCACUGUUUACAUGGGAGAAACGCCCAUAAGGUGCCUAGUCAACGACACCAGCCAGUUCACCACAAAGUCGAGGAUCAUGUGCGCCCUCAUCUGUACCAUGCAUCAAGGAUUCACCUUCUCCUUCCAAGGUGGCGUGUGCACAGUGGGUGGAGCUGGUGAAGCAGUAGGAGCGACACACAUGAGGUACACGCUGACCAACAUACCAGAUUGCUCUGCCCUUCAGGAGGUCGCCCACGCCGGCAAGACCGCCUACGCUAGCAGCAUUUAUUCAACCGGCUACGACCAGAGUAAAGCAAUAGACGCCGACCUGGCAACCUGGUUUGCAUCGCUUGGUGGAAGCGAGCAGAGACCGUGGUGGAUGCUGGACCUGGCGAACGUCUUGUGCAUCUGCCGGAUCCAGCUCCUGCCCCGAGGGGCGCCCGAUGACUCUCUAUACUUCCGUGACAUCGAGGUACGCGUGGGCUCUACAAACGUUACCAAUGGAAACUUCAGCUCCUGGGCGCUGUACGCCACGUAUCCUGGACCAUAUUCCUACGGCGGCGGCUACAUCGAUCUCCUUAAACCAGUGGGUGUCUGUGGCCGCUACAUCAGCGUCCAGAGAGUCGUAGAUAACCCGUCCAGUCUCAAGCUCUUCAAUGUUAAUGUCUUUAUUUGUUAACUUAGCAAAAAUUACUAUCCUAAAGUUGAUAGGAUAACCAUGGUUCAGAGUAAAUAUUUAUUAAGUUGCAAGUUCUUAUCCAAAAACAAUCCAUCCACAUGCAGCGAAUGUCUUGAAGGUGUUCACAUAAAUUAUGACAGGUUACAUUAAGGAUUUCCUAACACCUUUAUCAUUUAUAACAUUAAUAUAAUCCCAGCUUAUAAUAUACUAAGCCUUAACUUACAAUAUACCAACCUUAACUUAUUAUAUGUUAUCUCACAACUUGCAUACUGAUAUAUUCUAGUCCAGACAUUUUGGACGUAAUCAUUAUCAUAAUUUGUGUUCAAGGAAAUUGUCCAAAAAUAAAUUCUAAUAGAUUUAGCACUUAAAAGAGCUUUGUAAGAUGUAGUCCCAAUCAUGCACAAACUAAUCCACUUCUUCAAAUUCUAAAUUCACAAUCUAAAACUUUAUUCGUAAGUGAUUGACACAUAAAUUACAUAGUUUAUGAAUUUAAAGUACAUUAUUCAUUUAUUAUAGAAAAACAAAUAAUAAUAAGCUAAUGUGAUUUUUGUGUGCAAUAAGCUAAUUCUUAGUGAAUUUACCUCGGGUUCCGCUUUCCCCAGGCCUCUCGGCCCCUUUAUUUGGCUACCGGCUGAAGAAUAAGAUAAUUUGAGGCAGGUGGCCAAGUCACGUCCAAGGAUCCUCUUGGCUGAAUGUCCAAUAGGAACGAGGAGUAGUUGGCCUCCUUCAAAUAGGCUAAAGAUGUCAAUACUGUGGCGCUUCCUGACAAUCCCUGUGUGGUUUAUUUGUCGUUGGUGGCGACCUUUCCAGAGUUAAAAUAUUUUCAGGAUGAGAAAAUCUGAACAAGUUACACACGCUCCAGUAUAUAAGAUCCGAAGGUGUGAACAAUUGCUCCUUCACACUAUCAAUGCUGACGUUCAGGUAGAACUUUACACCGUGAAUACGUCCCAUACCAAAAUGUAUUGGCAUGGAACAUCUUUGUUAUUAAUUUUAUGCAUGUACGGUGUAGUAAUAAUUUUGCUGCUAUAUGACAAUAAUAACAAUAAUUACGAUAAUAAUAAUAAUUAAUAAGAGCAAUAGAUAACUUUAAGAAUACGUGCAAAUUUUGCAUAAAAACACUAGGGAAAAAAAUUUGAACGCAGGGUUAUGAAUAUACACCCAGCGUUGUGCGGUUUCAAUUGUUAGACGUAUCAGUAGGUCCGUGUUCAUUCGUUUUCUGUUAAGUGGUUUGGAUAUAAUAUAUUCAGUUACGUUGUUGUGAUUCGUCGCCUGCACAUACAUUGAAUUUACGUAAGUCAUUAAAUAUGUACGUGAUUAGAGUAUACUUUACAUAAUUGGUUAUGUAAGGUGGCCUUAAUGACCUUCUUCCGGCUGUUGUUGUUUUUAGAAUCUGCCACUUUAAAUAAUACUAUAUAUUUACGCCUGUUUUUCAUGAGUACUAACAAAUAUUAUCUAAAGUCUAUUUUUUUAUCAUUCACAGCUAAGAUCAUGAUCUUGACUCGAACUGUUUGAAAAUUAAUUUAACUUUUUGAAUUUAAAAGAUUUUUAAACCCUGCUGCUGUUUGGGUCUCUGGUGCACGAAAACAUCUUCAAUGUUAGAUAAAGACCAAAUAAGUGUGUUUUGAUCAGCCCGUCCUCCAAACAAAGAUCCAAAAGUGAUUCCAUGCACCCGCCAAACCCCCUGUUUAUGAAUGAAAAGCGGUUUACACACGACUCACAACUGCUGACGUUCGAACA